AUGAUGUUGGGCGACGCCGACUGCGUGUUCAGCCCCGCUGGCGGCGGCGUCGAGUCGUCUGACAACGAGGGCGCGGCGUCCAAGUCCGCUGGCAAUGAGGAUGACGACGAGGGCAAAAAGAACGCCGCCAUUCCAGACGAGGCCAACAAGGGGGUCAAGCAGACGAUCGAUAAGGAGAAGAGACAGGACUGUGAGGAGUGGUUCAAUAGAAAGGAGAAGGAUAACGACCAGGAGUGGACGGACAUUAUGACGGAGUUCAUCACGCAGUGCCCUGCCAGCUCGGGGCGAGUCAAGCCAGGCCAGUUCGACAUGACAAGCUACGUCGAGUCAAAGGUCGCAUCCUCGGGUCUGGAGACGUGGGCAGAGGGCGAUUUCAUGACGCAGGAGGCUUUCUUCGGGUUUUGUGAGACAGCGGACGGCGGCAGCAUCAAGGACCCUGCGAAGGAGAUGGCGAAGUGGAACCAGCUCAAGAAGAACCCGAGGGUGAAGCCGAGGUUCGCGCCAAAUGGUGAGAUAAAGCUGCCCGUGAUCACGAAGGACAAGUUCAAGUUGUACAAUCGGUUGAAGCUUAGUUCGAGUGCAGUUUCCUACUGGCAGAAGCAGGUUGACGAAGCGACCAUGGAAGCCAAUCGCCUGCAGAACGAGGUUAGCCUCAUGAAGCAGACGCAUGUCCCAGACAGCCGCCACUUCAAGACCUUCAACAAGCACUUCCAACUGGCAAAUAUCCGUCUCGAGCUGCACAAAGCAAUGACUACCUCGCCAGAGAAGGUGCAGGCCAUCAAGGAUCGGUGGGGCAAGAGUAAGGAGACUCAGACCCCCAAAGCAAAGAAGGAUGAAGGCCCCAAAGAAGCUUUCGAUUUGCCCGACGGGUCGAGGAUUGCCCCAGUGCGCCUCUCCGAUCUCAACAAGUUCGAUGUCCUUGUGGCUACGCAGCAGACUCCAACUGGGCCGAAGGAUUCAGCAUGGAAUGCCGACGACUUCUGUUUCAGCGUCGUGGUCAAAGAUAUCCCGGGCAACGCUACUGGAAAUGUGAUCGUAGCGCCCGUGGCCGACACGGACUGCGUGGAGGACGUGAGCAUCGAUAGGCUUUUCAAGAUCCCCAGGCGCGGCAACAACCUUUCAGCAGAGGAGGAGGAAGAGUCAGCGAAGACAGAACUACGAGAGAACUCGAAAGGCGGUGCCGCAGGGAAGACCGAGUGCAAGGGCGAAGCUGCGCCCGCAGAAGAUAUACCAGAAGAUCAAGACGUGGGGACCAAGGACAAAGGCGGCAUGGACGAGAAGAAAGAUGAAGCUGCGAACACUGAAGGCGGCAGUGCUGCGGGCAAGAAGCCCGAGGACGUGGAGCCGAUUCAGGCCGCCAAGGGUCAGGAUGCGACGCCCGAUCAAGACAAGCUCGACGGCGACGCAGGCGAGCAGAGCGGUGAGAUGGACAAAGCAGGAGCAAAGAAAGGUCCUUCUGAAGUGCGUGUCAAAGUUGAAGUGUCAGAGCUCGAAUCUUCUUCCCAAACACCUUCGAAGGAAUUGGAUUCAGAACCUCCUGUGUCGCUGCCCGCGCUCAGUGUACUGGACACAUUAUCUAAUCUGUUGGCCGCAAAUGAAUCAGCCUACGACUUCUGCGUCGAGGAGGAAGACUUCAAGGAAGCAACGGCGCUCGUCAGCAAGCGCAAGGCUGCUCUCAAAGAGCUCAUCGACAAUAUGAAGUGCCUGCGCAAAGACAUGGUCACCAAGCACAAGACCGCGCGCACCAACGACGCUGCGCAGAAAGCAGGGCAGGGCAACAGUGUCAAAGGCAAAGACAAGGCCGACAGCGCCAGUGACAGCACCAUUCGCAUCAUCGGCUACUCCUUCAAUAUCACAGAGCAGAUGUUCACUCUUUCGUCAAUGGAUGCUUUCAUCGCGGGGAAAGACACUGUGGAUUGGAAGGUGCCGCUCUUGAUCCAUGCUGGGCGAGAGUUUGUCAAUGCUUUGCGGGACGACUCGGUGCUCAAGAGUACUUUUGAUUCAUUCACUGCUGGCUUCGAGGGAACGGAGAGGGAGACCAGGCCGCCUGGUCGCGCGCAGUUGCACGCAGAGGAGGGGCUUGCCUUCGAGGAGAAGUUGAAGGACGCAGUCGAGCAGCUGGGCACGCCUCCGGACCUUCUGGACAAAUUCGAUGAUGACAGUCUCAAGCUAGUGUUCCUUUCUACGGGGUGCCUCCGCGUGCAGUUUGACGGUGCCCGCCGCGCGGCGAUCGUGCCAUAUGACAAACUGCGCACCAUGUUCAUGGACUUCAAGAAGAUCAAGGACGAUUCAAAUAUUCAGUACGAUGAUGUCCUGAAGUGGUUCAAAGGCCAGCAUCCCUCCCGUUUCUGCAGCACGGCAGCCAACGACUCGACCAUCUACGGCAUCGCGAUGCCUGGUGACAUCAUCUGGACUCCACCAGCGUGCAUUGUGACGGAAUGCGCCCACCAGGAGAUGCGGGGCUGGGGGUUGCGCAUCCCGAUGAUGAACAAGGCAGGCAUCGGGAACGCCUCGAUCGACCUGAUGAUCAAGGAUAUGGAGGGGGACAGUCGGCGGUCGUGCGGCCACUUGAAGGCCAUGAGCUCGGCCAUGAAGGGGCCCGGACCCGUGGAGCCCCCGGGCGACCGCUGCGCCGCCCACUGCGCGGAGCGCCCGGGCGCGGCCAAGCGGCUGCUGGCCGCGCUGGCCGCCGGCGGCCCGUGCGGGUCCACGGGUUCCAGCGAGGCGGGGCCAGCGGAGCCGCUGUCCCCGUGCGCCGCAAGCUCGGGCGGCUCGCCCUCGCCCAUCGAGCAGUGUUCCGUCCUCGGCGGCGCCCCAGAGCGGCCAGCCGCUCCUGGGCCCCUGGCGAUCCCUGCGGGGAGCGCGUGCAUCGCGCCGCCGCCAGGCUCGUCGCCUGCGCCCGCGCCGCCCUCCACAGCCUUGGGAGGCCGCCGCGGCGGCGCCGCCCCCGCCCUGGGUCCCGCCGGCCGCGCGGGUGACGCGGAGCGCCACGCGCCAGCCUGCGAGGUGGAGGCGCGGUUGCUGACCUUGGAGAGGGCCCUCGAGGAGCAGCGCAGCGCCCUCGCCGCCGAGCUCUCCUCUCGCCCCGCGGCGGCCUGCGAGGCGCGGCUGCUGACCUUGGAGAGGGCCCUCGAGGAGCAGCGCAGCGCCCUCGCCGCCGAGCUUUCCUCUCGCCCCGCGGCGGCCUGCGAGGCGCGGCUGCUGACCUUGGAGAGGGCCCUCGAGGACCGACUCGCCGCCGAGCUCUCCUCCCUGCGCAGCGAGCUCGGCGGACGCCUGGCCGCCGCCGCGGAGGCUGGGGCCCGCCGCGAGCGCGAGGCCCAGUCCGCCUCGGCCGCCCUCGAGGCGCGCGUGGAGGCCCUGGCCGCGGCGGUGGAGCCCGGGCUGGCCGCGGCUUCGGCGGAGGCGCCGCCGCCUGGUGAGGCGCUGGCGCCGCGGCUGAGGUGGCUGGAGGGCGCGCUUGACCGCCUGGCGUCCGAGGUUGCGAGCUCCAAGAAGGGCGGCCGGGCCCUCGAGGAGCUCUCGGCGCGCCUGGGCGGCCUGGAGCGGUCCGUCGAGGCCUCAGGCUCGAGAAGCGAACGGGCCCUCGAGGAGCUGUCGGGGCGCCUGGGAGGCCUGGACCAGGCCGCCACGGCCCGCGGCCUGGCGGCGGACGAGGCGCGGGCCCAGCUGCUGGAGCGGGUGCGCGCGCUGGAGCGGUCGGCCGAGGCGUCGCGGCGGGUGGCCGACGACGCUGCCAAGCACGACGAGUUGGCGGCGCGCGUGGGCGGGAUGCAGCAGUCGCUCGAGGCGCUGCAGGACGGCUGGCAGGGGGCGCUGGACGCCGCCGGCGCGGCCGUCGCCCGGGCCGAGGCGGCUGAGGCCUCGUGCGCCGAGGCCUCGCGCGUGGCGCGCGCAGCUCUGUCCGAGGAGGCGGGGAAGUUGCGGGCCACCGUGGCGUCGCUGCGCAAGCGCCUGGACAGGCACGGAGGGGACGAGCUGCGCGCGGAGGUCGCCUCGCAGCUGGGCCAGCUGCGCGGGCAGCUGGCCAGCCAGGCGGCAGCGGCUGCGCGGCAGGGCGCGGAGCAGGACGGCAGGCUCGCUGAGCUCGAGGCCGCGCAGGGCAGGUGCACCGAGGACCUGCAGGCGGUGAGGCAGCUGCCCGAGCGGCACGACUCCCAGACGGAGCGGCUGGAGUACGUCGAGGAGUUCCUCGGAUACACCACAGGAAAGCACGCCGAGCAGCUGGCGGUCCACCGCGCCAGGCUCGCAGAGGUCCAGGAGCGGGUUUGUGCCUUGGAGGCCGGGCAGCUGGCGCCGACCGAGGUUCUCGAAGGAGCCUCGCGGCGGUCCACGGCCCGCACGGCGUCACCGGGCGGGGGGCCCGUGGAGGACGCCGAGCUGCGCCGGAGGGUCAGCCGCAUCGAGAGCCGCGUGGGCGAUCUCGCGGCGCGGCGCGACCUCUUGCCAUCCCGCUGGUCGCCCGAGCGCAAGGACUCGCCGCCCCCGCGCCCCGAGCUGCCGCAGCGCCUCGCCGCGCAGCGCGCGCGCUACAGGUACUUCGAGGGCCUGCUCAGCCCGCAGCGCCGCGCCGGCCUGCUGCAGCCCGCCGGCCUCGCCGGCGGCGUGGCGAGCGGCGCGCUGCAGCGCGCAGGCGGGCCCUUCGGCAGGCACCACCCUGGCGUGCCGCGCAGGUGGUCGAGCUCCGCCCUGGGCUGCAGCCCUGGGCUGCCUGUCUGA